AGUUCCUGGUUCUUUUUAAAAAACAAAGAUUUCAAAGUUGCAGUAAGCUCUUGAGACUCUGAGAAUGUCAAUCCCUUUUUAAUAAGAAAGCAUUGGAUGUGGCCUAAUAACAGUGUUGAGCGCCUGAGUUUGGUUUGCUCUGAUUAGCCUUGAAUUGGUGACAACAGAUCCUCUCCUUCUCCCGCCCAGCCCUGGUCAAUGUGAGGGGCUGGGAGGACUGCUCCUUGCAGGGCAGACCCGUCAGGAGAGGCCUUGCCAGUCCAAAUAUGGCUCUGGCCAGUGAACCAGACUUAUUUUCAGAACAUUUGGUUGAGUGGAGUCCAAAAAUGCCUUAGGUCAACUUCUAGAGGAGACCAAAGUCUGUAACACAUCAGCAAAGGUUUGUUUUGAAUAUGGCUGUGGGCCUAGUGAACGGGAGCACAGCCCGAAUUCCGCUCAUAGAUGAGGUCAUAGAUGAGGGAGGGAGUGUGUGUGUGUGGUGUGUUAGCAGAGCAACAAAAGUCAGUGUCUUAAAGUGAAUGCACUGCUCGUAUGAUGCCGUUCAGGCAGAGGGCAUGUUGCACCUGCAUCCCACCCAUAGCCAGAGUAGGCACCACGAGGGGAGGGGAAGGGAGAUCAGUCCCCCGGCCCAUUCCAUGCUUGGCCUUCUCACUCUCUGAUCUUUCCCCACAGACUCAUUUCACAAAGAGCACUAAACAGCUGCCAGGAGGGAGCAACUUUGAGUCCCUGCCAGCCUGGGCUGAAUACAAACCACCUCCAAGACCUCAUAGUGAAUUACCCACCCCUAAGCCUUGCGGUCAUCUGUCUGUGUCAAAAUAUCAGAGCGUGUGUCAAUCUUCAGUGCACUUAUUCUCACAACACCCACGUGUAGCAGGGGUGUGCUGUUAUCAGAUGAGGAAGUGAUGCACAGAGAGGCUAAGUGACUUGCCCAGGGUCACACAGGACAUCUGUGCCAGAGCUGGGAAUUGAACCUAGAUCUUUGGAGUCCUAGGCUAGCAUCUUAUCCACUUCACCACCCUUCUCUUGGGCAGCUGAAGUAGUUUAUGGAAGCCCAGAGUCCUGAAAAUAACUAUGUCCACAGCAGGGACUCGGAGCAGCUUUUCCUUAGGCUUAGUGGCUAAGAUACCCCACUUGCUAAGAUACUGGGCACCAGCUGUGGGAUGUGCUGCUACUCCUGUACCAAAGUCUGCUUCAGCAGCAUAUGGCCUGAGAUCUGGGGAGAAAUCUAGCAAGGUCUAAGCUAAGAACCUAAACCAUACUGAAGUGUGCAGCUGACCUUCCUGGAGAGCUAGUCCAACAUUCCCUGGCACCCAAGGUUUUUCCCUGAUAAGGUCUCAGCAGCACAAUGUGUCAAUGUUCCUGUAUCCCAGAGACACAACUUUCCCCUCCCAUGGAACCAGUCCAGCUCAGCAGUGCUCAUCAGAAUUGCAAGCCAUAGCCUCGUCCCUGGACUGCAGCAAGAAGCCCCGUGCAUGCUGUGUCCGGGCAAGUGUCUUCCAUUUCUCAGCCUUGUGGAUUUAUAUGGAGGCUCAAUGAUCUGUUCUGUGCUGGGUGCCAUAAUGCGCCUCCUGUUGCUGUGCUGGGGAAUGUUUUCCUGACCCCAGCUGGCCACGAACCAACUGGGACAGAAAUAGCUGGAGUUGCCCCCUGAAGCCUUCGCAUGGGUGCCAGGUGGCUUUACCCUGGAGAGAUUUGCCAUGCAGAGCACAGCAGGUGAAAUUCUGGCCCCCCUUAAGACGAUGCUGCCACUGCCAUUUAACUGGGCCACUGUUUCACCCAACACACCGGGGUGACUUCACUGGACACAGGAAACAUUACCUACAGUAAGGCACUCUGUAAGCCUGUUUAUUAGAAUAGGUAGGAGAAGCCCUAGAUCAGCUCCUGUGUGUGGUCUGGUGACUGUCCUGGCAGUUACAGGACACUGAUAUUGGUCAGUAAUAUUUAUAAUAGUAUUUUUUAAUAAGAGCCUGGAAGGGAUUUCGACCCUCAUGCUUCAGGGCUUCAGCUGGUCUCAAGGUAUCGGGGGGACAGGAGGAAACUUCUCCUACGAGGUUCUUGCAUCAUCCUCUGAAUCAGCUGGUACUGGCCACUUCCAGAGACAGGAUGCCAGACUAGAUGGGAGCACAGGUCUGAUCCAGCCUGGCAAUUCCUAUUUUCUUAUGUAAGGCUGCCCUCUUUGUGCCUCCGGGCAUAUUGCGUGGCAGAGCUGGUGCUGCCCAGCGUUCGAGCUCAAUACUGUUCUAUUGAUUUAUAUAAAAGAUUAGCAGUCGAGGACCCGGUAAAUAUAAAUACAUAUACGCCUCCGCCUGGGGAAGAGGCCGCUGGGAUAUGGUUCAACUUAUAAUUAGCAGCAUGGUUAAAAUAUAACAUAAUGAACACGUCUUAUUCCUCAGGCCCUCGAGCUGCUGCAGGCGUCUCCUGGGCUCCCAGACAGCUCAGAAGGACUCGCUACAGCCCGGCACCCAGAUUUUCACAAAGCUGCACAUGCUGAUCGCUGCGCUGUCCUCUCUGUGCCUCCUGUCUGAAUGGACUGUGAGCUCUGCUGCCUGUGAGCAUUCGGCACACCCUGCUUGCCAGUGGCUGUUCCGGGUUACUCCAGCGUGUCUCUGGACCGGACGAAGGAUCGCCUGGUCACCAUGAUUCUGGGUGUGAGUCCCCGAUGCCACCUCCUGGUGAUGCUGCUCUGCCUCCUGGGCAUCUCCUGCCAGACGCAGGCUGGCACGGACACCUCGCUGCAGCCCGCCGUCACUGCGGCUUCCUUCCUGCAGGAUCUCCUGCGCCGGUAUGGCGAGAGCGAUGUGCUGACCCUGCAGCAGCUCAAGGCCCUGUUGAAUCGCCUCGACGUGGGGGUGGGACACGAGAACAUCUCCCGAUCGGAGCUGCAGCGCAGGAACCUCUCCCGGUGCUUCAGCUCCUCAGAGCUCUUCGCCGCCCACAACCUGAGCGAAGGGUCCCAUGUUGGCCCGAGCAAGUUCCAGGAGUUCUGCCCGACCGUCCUACAGCAGCUGGAAUCUCGGGCGUGCACGGCAGAGAACCUGGAGAACGAGGAGAAUGAGCAGACGGAGGAGGGGAAGCCCAGCUCGGCGGAAGUCUGGGGUUACGGUUUCCUCUGCGUGACCGUCAUCUCCCUCUGCUCCCUGGUGGGAGCCAGCGUGGUGCCCUUCAUGAAGAAGACCUUUUACAAGCGGCUGCUCCUCUACUUCAUAGCUCUGGCGAUUGGAACUCUCUACUCCAAUGCUCUCUUCCAGCUCAUCCCUGAGGCCUUUGGAUUCAACCCUCAGGAGGAUUAUUAUGUCUCCAAAUCUGCAGUGGUCUUUGGGGGCUUUUACUUGUUCUUCUUCACAGAGAAAAUCCUGAAGAUGCUUCUCAAGCAGAAAGAUCAGCACCAUCAUGGGCACAGCCACUACAACCCUGAGACCCUCCCCUCCAAGAAGGACCAGGAGGAAGGCGUCACUGAAAAACUGCAGAAUGGGGACAUGGAUCACAUGAUCCCUCACAGAACCAGUGAGCUAGAGUGCAAGAACCCAUCUGUGGAUGAGAAAGUCAUUGUGGGCUCUCUGUCCGUCCAGGACCUGCAGGCUUCCCAAAGUGCGUGCUACUGGCUGAAGGGGGUGCGAUACUCUGACAUUGGCACGCUGGCCUGGAUGAUCACCCUGAGUGACGGGCUCCACAACUUCAUCGACGGCCUGGCCAUUGGUGCCUCCUUCACCGUGUCUGUCUUCCAAGGGAUCAGCACCUCCGUGGCCAUUUUCUGCGAGGAGUUCCCCCACGAGCUGGGUGACUUUGUCAUCCUGCUAAACGCCGGAAUGACAAUCCAGCAGGCGCUCUUCUUCAACUUCAUCUCGGCCUGCUGCUGCUACAUAGGGCUGGCCUUUGGGAUCCUGGCAGGCAGCCACUUCUCUGCCAACUGGAUCUUUGCUCUAGCUGGUGGGAUGUUCCUCUACAUUGCACUGGCUGAUAUGUUCCCUGAGAUGAAUGAAGUGAGCCAGGAGGACGAGCGGAAUGGCAGCGCCUUGAUCGCCUUCGCUAUCCAGAACGCAGGGCUGUUGACGGGAUUCAUUAUCAUGCUGCUGCUCACCAUGUUCUCGGGCCAGAUCCAGAUAGGGUAGGGACGGGCCUGGUUUGAUUGGGCUUUCCCACCUGCAAGCAUACGGACUGACAGCACCUGUAUGAGACAUCAGCAUUGCAAAAGCACUACAGAAAAGAGGCAUUUCUAUUAAAACUGUUCCAUAGACUUUGUAUCGUUUAUUUCAGGGGGGCUGAUGAAGCUCCUUCCCCUAGAUCUAAAGUGACCCAAGGACCUAUUUCCAGUGUAGCAUCCCUUCCUCUACUCUCCUUGCGUCAAAGGGACUCCUGGAAAGGACAUGUGUGAGGAUCAGGAGAACGGGCUCACUGGCUCCUUUCUGGCUACAUCACCCCCUUCGGAGAGCUCCAACCAUGGACAUGACUUCUUCCCAUCCUCUUCGGGUGGCUGCGGAUGGGGGAUGGAUGUGGGGUCAGCGCUGGAGGUGAGGCCACUUUACCAAGGCAGACGCUGUGCUUGAGGCUUGUGCCUGUCCAUCCCUCGUACUCAGUCCCUCCACGGGCAAUGGAAAUGCGAGGCAGGGGAACAGCCAUGGGUCCCAGGACAGCCCCAGUAUUUACCCGCGUUACCUGUAGCCUCCAACGCUCCGAUUGUGCAGGUAUCUGGUGUUUCUCUUGAGCCUGGGGAGCAUGCCUGCCUUUUGGACCUAAAUAUGCAGUCAAGAGACCUGUUCGAGAAAGGGUCUCCUUCCUCCAAAAGCUUCACGUGCCAAUGUCUCUGCAGAGUGUGCUGGGCUGGAGGAAAGGUGCGGCGUGUGAAAGAGAGAUGAAGAGGUCUGGGAAGGUUGCACAGGGAGAGGAAUGAGCAAGAACGUAUCCUGCUGCUGUGCUGGAAUCGAUCCUUUCCUGGCACAGGUAGUGGGUACUGAACUGGGCAGGCAGCCUUGGUUUCCCUGCCGCCCCUCCCCCCCCCUCCCCGCGCUUGAAAACUAGUCACAGCUGUUGCUGCUCUGGUCUCUUCCCACUGGCUGCAGAGGCAGCACUGAAGAUACCAGGGCAGGAGAAGUGUUUGACGUGCAGUCAGACUGGCUUCGGCAGGAAAGUUAUGCUGCUCCUGUAGGGGUUUAAUGAACUAUACAGUUGCAUCUGCUGGUCAGAAUGACACUAAGGGACACUUCUGGGUGGCUUCCAGGAGGUAGAACAGCCAAAUGCCGCAGCCGCGGCCUCUCCCUGGAGUCCCUCCAUCCUAACUCGGGACACUUUGAGAGCGGAGGGAGCUGCGCCGUGAAGCGAAGAUGCUGCAGGAUCUCACCAUUGCAAGGGAAGGGCAUGGCAGCUGCAUUCAGACCAGGGUGGUGUGGAGCACAAGUCCUGGUACCAGUUUCUCAGGCUUUCCUGCGAGAGCGAUCCUUACACUGUGACCAGGUUCAUUUGGAAUUGGACAUCUGGUUUUAAACACUGACACUGCUGAGUUGCAAGGUUGUUGUUUUUUUAAAUACUGUACUUUUUCUUCAUGGCACAGGGUCCCAGGAACACAGUCUGUGGAACUGGAACCCAGCUCUGGGUAGCAGCAGGAGUUGGGACGGGAGUUAAAGGCAUUUCAGAGCUCUGCUUCUGGGCUAGCUUUCCUCCGAUUCACUAGAUGAACCGACUUAUUGUUAAUGUUUGGUCCCUUCAGCUUGGGCAGGGAAUGAGGUUCCCCUCACCCUUGGGUUGUUCCAGAUUCUGCCUCCCAUGGUUGUGAAUUUGUGGCUGCUGACUAACAGAAGUUCCUGCCUCUGCUACUAGCUUGCUGGGUGACCUCUGGCUAGUCACUUCCCCUCCUUUCUGUGCCUCAGUUUCCCCAUCUGGAAAAUGGGGAUAAUGAUGCUGACCUCCAUGGUAAAGUGCUGUGAGAUCUACUGAUGAAAAACACGAGAUAAGAGCUAGGGAUGGUGAUUAUUCUUAUUUCUGUGGGGAGUGUCGAGUUUGUUGCUGCCAGUCUCUCUCUCUUGUGAUCAUUCCGUCUGCCUGAUCGGCUCCCUGGUAAGGGAACAAUUGUUGUCCAGUCCCUUGUCUCGUAACUUGUCCGUUGACACACAAAGUUGUGUUGCCUUGUUAUGCUGUCCUCGUGGCAGAGGCUGAGCAGAAGCUAUUCCUGAUGGUUUCCCCCUGCAACCCUUCAGAAGAAAGGUGAAAGGCCUGUUCACUUAUCAUACCCAAUGCUUUCACACCCUACACCUCAAGGGUUUAGGCCCCUCUUUGGUAAAUGUGAGCUGGGCAGCUACACCCAGGCCCACUGCCUGCCUCCCUUCAGUAAGGGCAAGCUGAGAUGGGAGUGACUCCAAAGGAAUAGAUGUCAUAACCAAAACCACCUGGGACAACAGCAUGUGCUGUGGCAGGCACAGCGCCUCCAGCAGGAUCAUGACUUGGUUUGACUGCCGGACCUCUGCCUUCUAAUGCCUAACUAUUUCCUUUUAACGUGCUCAAUGAAGACUGGAUAUCAAACCCCAAUCUCCUGUAGCUGUCAGUCAUCCAUUCACGAUUGGCCCUAAUGGAGAGAGACAGCUGGGGGUCAUUUACGUACGGCAGAAACCAUAGUCCCUGUCUCCUUUGUAGCACUCCCAGAGUCCUUGUAAACAUGUUGAACAAGAGAGGGUACAGUGUAGAACCCUGUAGUACCUGUGCAAUACAGCCUUUUGUUUACAUGACCAAUUAUCCAUAAUAGCCUACUGGGCUGCCCUAUUUUAGAAAAGGAUCAAAACCGUCUGUCAACUUGGGCAAGGGACCACAGCCUUGUCAGCGGUAUCUCACGUUCGCGGCCUGUAUCUUAGGUAGCUGGCAUACUGUCUUCCUCCAUAGCCAGGAGAAUGGCGUGAAGAAAAGUCUUUCUUGCUGUUUAUGGCUCAAGCCUAAACCCUACUUAGUUUAGACCAUCUUUUACCAAUGAAUGCUUGAUAUGGGUUGGCCCAACUUUGCCAACUCCAUUUCACCGAACCCUUCCUUGACAUGUUUAUAAAAGAACUAGAAUAGGGGCCUCUGGAAAGCAGUAGACCCAUCUCCUUUCCCACAGGACAACCAUCAUUGUGGGAUUCCUGCUGCCCAGUUGAGAGGUGAAUGGAAUAGGAUGGCACUCUUUUGUGUGAGUCACACGGGAAAUUUUUUGGUCAGGCCAGCAUCUGUCAUCAGCAGCUGACCAGGAGAAGUUCUCAUUGUAACAGUGAGGAGGCCAGCUUCUGGGAACAGUACUUGAGAGGGACACUGCCUGCAGUCAAAAAAAGCAUGCACUACCACUGGUAGGAGAGCUGCAGCCCUCUAGCUGAGUUACGUAAUGUUUGAGAGUGAGAGAUUUAACCCCUGUCUUAAGGGGAAAGGUCUGGCUUGCCUAUUCUCUCUCAAGGAAAUCUUUGGAAAGCACAUGACAUCUAGUGCAUUCCAAAAGGGAGAAGAAAAUAGCUCUGGAACUAUGAAAAAGCUAAGCCAUCUCUGGCAAGGAUGGUUCAAUGGUACACAGAGAGGAGGCACUGCACUGUCAGCAUCUGGCAAAUCGGCCCGUCUCCUGGAACAACACCCCCCCCCCCACCCCCCGCCCCAAAUUGUACUUACUAACAAACCAAAACUAGAAACUAAGCUGUGCUCCAGGUGGUAGGAAACUAUAAGAACCGAUGUGUAAUUUCCUCUGGGCUGUUCCGAGCCCUUGAACAUGACAGAGAAAUUCUGAGUCUUUUCUCUAGUUUUCCCUUCAAGGUGUUCUUGGGAGCUGACUACAUCAGGAAAUUUGCAGGCUGGAAAUUCGGGAGAGUUACCUACGAAACAUUCUCUAAGUACACGUGUAGCUAGGGGAGGCAGGUAAUCAAUGUGUUAUUUCAAAGGGGUGCCUGGAAGAGGCUCCUCUCUCUUGUUUGUGCAGGAUGGUAGAAACCUGAGGGAGGGAGGGUGUGUGUGUGUGGGAGGGGCCGGAGGGAUGGCUGAAAAAGGAAAUUGACAUUAAGUUGAGCUUGUGAGUGUUUUUAUUUAUAUUUCCCUUUACACAUCUGAUUUAGAAACUCAAGUUCCAUCUCAGUAUUUUAAUAUCUCAGGUGUUAUAAGAAAUACUUGUUGAAACACUUCUUGAAACAAAGAACAUACUUAUGUCUUGUGAACUGUAAAGUUUUUAUUUGUAAAAUUCCAUAAAUUAAAAUCUAUUCUGUAAUGAAA